AUGGAAGUGAGCGAAGACGCAGACAUAGAGCAGUUGUUGGCUCUGCGUAACGCACUUAUGAAUCAGCUGAAUCACACCCAGGCAACGUCAAGCACUUCGAAACAACACGGCAGAUCAAGACGAUCAUCCAUCAAUAAGAGUUGCCCUGCAGUGCAACCCUCCGCCCUAUCGCCCACUACGUUUCCCCCUCCACCACCCUCCCAUCAUCCAAAAAAACGAUCUAAAAAACGCAAGAUAUCAGCACAAUCCAAAGAUGAUACUGCUUCCUCGUCUGAAAUCAAAUCAAACUCAGACAAUAGCCGUCCAGCAUCUAAUAAUAUCAAUCGUCAGUCACCUGAUCAACAAACCAAACCGAUCGAGAAUCAGUGUUCAAAGCCAAAUAACGCUGAUGAGAUAUCAAUUGACGCAGAACACAUAGUGAAUAAACAAUCAGAACAAUCUAAAACCUUUCCAGAAUCCAAGCACAACCAAGCGCAUGAUCAGCCACCAGCCUCGGCACAAUGUCCCUUUCUUCACUCCAAUUCCAUACCAAUAAGUUUUGUAAAGAAUGAUACUAUUAAUGCCACGCUCAAUGAAGAUAACUGUGAUAAUACUGUGAAUGAUACUGAUAUGACAAAGACGGGUUUUACUAAUGAUCGAAAGCGUGUUCAUUGUGAUGACGAUGAUGACAAUGAUGAUGGAAAUGCUAUCAAAAAUGGCAAAAUAAGAGAGACCGAGUCGUUGCUGGUGGAUACGUCGGGUGGCGCAUCUACAGAAUGUGUCAACGCUGGCACAAAGGAGCUCUCCGAACAACCAAUCAGCUCUCCGAAGGAACACGGUAACGAGAAGACACCAACCAAUGAGGAG